UCCUGCCAGUAAUCACGUCAUUAAACACGGCCAGGUGUCGUUUGUUCGGACUGCAAAACAAUAAUUAAACCAUUAGGAGCUAUUCAUGUGGCGCUAUAUAAGGAAAGGGUUCUGCAAGCGGUUAAAAUCAUGUAUCCGCGAUUUCUCAGCCGUAACUAUCCGCUGGCCAAGCAUCUGUUCUUCGUCACCAGAUACUCCUUUGGCCUGCUGGGCCUGAGAUUUGGCAAAGAGCAAUCGUGGCUUCGCCUCUUGUGGCUGGUGUUCAAUUUCGCGAACCUGGCGCACUGCUGCCAGGCGGAGUUCGUCUUCGGCUGGAGUCACUUGCGCACCAGCCCCGUGGACGCCAUGGACGCCUUCUGUCCGCUGGCCUGCAGUUUCACCACGCUCUUCAAGCUGGGAUGGAUGUGGUGGCGUCGCCAGGAAGUAGCUGAUCUGAUGGACCGCAUCCGCUUGCUAAUCGGGGAGCAGGAGAAGAGGGAGGACUCCCGUAGAAAGGUGGCUCAGAGGAGCUACUAUCUCAUGGUCACCAGGUGCGGGAUGCUGGUCUUCACCCUGGGCAGCAUUACCACUGGAGCCUUCGUCCUGCGUUCCCUUUGGGAAAUGUGGGUGCGCCGGCAUCAGGAGUUCAAAUUCGAUAUGCCCUUUCGCAUGCUGUUCCACGACUUUGCGCAUCGCAUGCCCUGGUUUCCAGUUUUCUACCUCUACUCCACAUGGAGUGGCCAGGUCACUGUGUACGCCUUUGCUGGAACAGAUGGCUUCUUCUUUGGCUUUACCCUCUACAUGGCCUUCUUGCUGCAGGCCUUAAGAUACGAUAUCCAGGACGCCCUCAAGCCAAUAAGAGAUCCCUCGGUAAGGGAAUCCAAUCUGGCGGACAUCGUGGAUCGCCACAAUGAGAUAGAGAAGAUUGUCAAGGAAUUUUCGGGAAUCAUGGCUGCUCCCACUUUUGUUCACUUCGUAUCAGCCAGCUUAGUGAUAGCCACCAGCGUCAUUGAUAUACUAUUGUAUUCCGGCUAUAACAUCAUCCGCUAUGUGGUGUACACGUUCACGGUUUCCUCGGCCAUAUUCCUCUAUUGCUACGGAGGCACAGAAAUGUCAACUGAGAGCCUUUCCUUGGGAGAAGCGGCCUACAGCAGUGCCUGGUACACUUGGGAUCGAGAGACCCGCAGGCGGGUCUUCCUCAUUAUCCUGCGUGCUCAACGACCCAUUACGGUGAGGGUGCCCUUUUUUGCACCUUCGUUACCAGUCUUCACAUCGGUCAUCAAGUUUACAGGUUCGAUUGUGGCACUGGCUAAGACUAUACUGUGAAUAUGAGAGUGCUG